AUGGUUAAUUACAUCCAGUGUCAGAUAGAUAACAUAAAGAAUAAUCAGAAGAUAAAAUCAUGCUCUCUAAGGAUUAAUCAGGAAUUGAAGUUGGCUCUUUUAUUUUCAAUCUUCAUACUCCUUGUAAAUACUACAUGUGUAUUUUCUUGGCUUGCUGGUAAAUGUCUUCUCUACAAAGAUGUGGAAGAAUUUACUGUUAAAACAACCUGUGCUGGAAAAACAAACACAGCCUUUUGCUACCGCAUCACUGACAUUUAAAAAGGAUCUCUGUGGGCUUCCGUCAGAUUUAGGAAACUUUGCAUCCAAAUGGAUCGUGACAUAUCUUAUGGUGCCUUGGCUCCAGGUUCAUUUUCCAAUUUCGUUUCACUGGAAUACCUUGAAAUUACUGGGUGUUUUUCAGAGAUCUCUCCGGAAGCCUUUACUGGUUUAGUAAAUGUAACUUCUUCAAAAUUGUCUUUCUUGCUAGAAGGAUGUUGUGAGGUAGCUGUUGAUUUCAGUGGCUUUCCUUCACUUACAAGUUUGUUUCUUUCACAAUACAGUUUAGCAUUAAUGGCACCAAAUGUCUUUGAUACAAUUCCUCAUUUAAAAGAACUAAACAUAGUUAAUGUGUGUUUGAAAGAUCUAUCUGAGAUUCUGUGUCGAGUGGCAAAUUUGAAAUCAAAUUUGAAAAAUUUACAUUUGAUCUUCCAGAUUUUUAGCAACCUAUCAGUAUUUAAUGUAGUCAAUCAUGUGCUCAGACCAAAUUAUUUCCAAUCUAUUUGCUCGUCCUUUCCACAGUCAGUCAAUCAGCUAUCCAUUAUGACUCUAAACUCAAAUAACAUAGGUAAAGUAAUCUCCCUUCAAUUUGAGUGUUUCACAAAUCUUGAAACUCUGGAGUUAGUCGCAAGUAAUAUUUCCAUCAUACAUACACACAACUGUAAUUUUGCUUUUAUUGGAUUCAUCAAACUGACACAUCUGAACCUCUGUAGCAACAAAUUAUCUUUCAUUUAUCAAGACACAUUCAGUGGUCUACAUGGACUAAUGGUCCUAGAUCUUCAAGAAAAUCCAGUAGUUCAAUUUGGACCAAAAUCUUUUGGACAUCUUAUUAACCUUUGUACACUUCUGUUGGGAGAUCUGAACUUCCCACCUCACAUGUCACUGAUCAAGCUGCAUUUAUCUGAUAUAUUUGGAAUAAUUCCAUAUAAUCUGAGUCACGUGCUAAUUAGUUCAGGUCUGAGGCCAAUGACUGGCAGCAAUACCUCACUGAAUCAGAACUUAGACUUCCACAUCAAAGGGCAAUAUCUAAGCGUCGCAAUAAUGUUUCACAAUCUGACAAAACUACGAACACUGACCCAUAACUGCAGAAUAUUCUUUCUGGAUGGAAGUCUGACCAAGGACUUAAAUGCACUGACAGGUCUAGUGUUGAUGCCACAAGAAAAUGUUAAAAUUCUUCAAACCUUUGUGGAACAUCUCACUAGUUUAAAGUACCUCCAUCUCCUGGGGUUGCAUCUGUACUGCAGUUGUGACACCUGA